AUCGAUGCUAGACUCGCCGCACACCCCGCCUCUACCCCCCAAGGCCUACGAGAACCUGAAGAAGAAGACAGAGAGGAGUGAAUCGCCUCCUCCUUCUCAGCACCAGCAUCACUCACCCAACCGCCGCUCGCUGGAGAGCCUGGAAGAGGGAGAGGAGAGGACCAUUACUGACAGAUCGAAGCAGCGGCAGCGAUCGCCGAGUGUGGAGGAGGUGAUGGUAGACGGCGACCUGCACUCCUCCUCACGACACCAUCACCACUCCUCGGGAGGAGCAGGAGGAGGAGGCAGCUCCUCACGGCACUCGUCCAGUAAGCAUCAUGGCCAGGGUGGAGGAGGGACCGGGUCGCCCAAACGCAGGCGACGGAAAAAACAGUCUCCGCCUCGAGAUCUGGAUCAAGAGAUGUGGAGUAAGUCGAGAGGAGCAACCUCCUCCUCCUCCUCAAUCAGACACCACAGGACUCUGUCGCUGACUCCUCCUCCGGUGCAGACGUCUUCCUCCUCACAGCUGCACCACCACCAUCAUGUCGACGUGUUGAGAGGUGGCGGAGGAGGAGAGAGGGAGAGAGAGAGGAGGAGAAGGAGGAGGUCGCCCAGCUAUGUGGAGGAGGUGGAGAGGUUUGAUAGGUGA